AUGGCGGAUUCACAAGAAUCACUAAACCCUAAAACCCUCAGAAGAAGAACCCACUCGACUACUAGUACUAAUAAGAUUGAUACUGUCGGUGUUGAUGGAAUUGAGAAAGACCCAACGGUGAAUUUGGAUUCUAGUGAUGAAGAUAGAACAAAUUUGGUUAGUAAUCAAGAAUCUUUACUUAAUAUGGAGGAUUCUUCUUCGUUGAUUAGUAAUGGAGAAGAUGAAAAUGAGAGUGGGGGUGGGAGAAUUGGGGGUGCCGGUGUUUAUAUGUAUAGGGCAUCAGCUCCAGCUCAUAGAAGAGUUAAAGAAAGUCCUCUUAGUUCUGAUGCCAUCUUCAGACAGAGUCAUGCUGGUUUAUUCAAUCUCUGUAUUGUUGUGCUGGUUGCGGUCAACAGCAGGCUUAUUAUUGAGAACUUAAUGAAGUAUGGCUUACUAAUUGGAUCUGGAUUUUGGUUCAGUUCUACAUCACUGAGAGACUGGCCACUUUUCAUGUGCUGUCUCAGCCUGCCUUUAUUCGCGGUUGCUGCUUAUAUGGUUGAAAAGCUAGCUCAAAAUAAGCUUGUUUCGGAACCAGUUGUAAUUUCUCUUCAUGUGCUAAUUACCACAGCUUCAAUUCUGUACCCAGUUUGUAUGAUUCUCAAGUUUGAUUCAGCAGUUAUGUCUGGUGUAACACUAAUGCUUUUUGCUAGCGUUGUGUGGUUGAAGUUGGUGUCAUAUGCACAUACAAAUUACGAUAUGAGGGCGCUUUCCAAGUCCAGUGGCAAGGGUGACGUGUCUUCCAAUUCAUCGGAUACAGAUAACUCCGACAACGUUAACAUCAAGAGUCUGGCGUACUUCAUGGUGGCUCCAACUUUGUGUUAUCAGACAACCUAUCCUCGUACAACAUGCAUUAGGAAGGGCUGGGUGACACGGCAAUGUAUUAAACUGGCAAUUUUUACUGCAUUUAUGGCCUUUAUCGUAGAACAGUAUAUCAAUCCAAUUGUCCAGAACUCUCAACACCCACUGAACGGGGAUCUCUUAUAUGCUAUAGAGAGGGUGUUGAAGCUAUCAGUUCCGACUUUAUAUGUGUGGCUCUGCAUGUUCUAUUGCUUCUUCCACUUAUGGUUUAAUAUACUUGCCGAGGUCCUUCGUUUUGGUGACCGUGAGUUUUAUAAAGAUUGGUGGAACGCAAAGACGGUUGAAGAGUAUUGGAGAAUGUGGAAUAUGCCUGUGCAUAAAUGGAUGGUUCGGCAUGUUUAUUUUCCAUGCUUACGGAAUGGGAUACCUAAGGGAGUUGCUGUUGUGAUUGCGUUCUUCGUCUCUGCUAUAUUUCAUGAGCUCUGCAUCGCUGUUCCGUGCCACAUAUUCAAGUUUUGGGCCUUCAUAGGAAUACUGUUCCAGAUUCCCUUGGUUCUGUUGACAAAUUACCUGCAAAAUAAAUUCCAAAAUACCAUGGUGGGAAAUAUGGUCUUUUGGUUCUUCUUCAGUAUUCUUGGUCAACCAAUGUGUCUUCUGCUGUAUUAUCAUGACGUGAUGAAUCAGAGAGUAAGAACCCCUUAAACUUCCUAAUCUUUCUUACUACAAGAUAUGAUACGAGUCGUGUAGGAAGUUUUCCAGUUCUCUUGGGAUUCAAAAAUGUGCAAGUUCAAGGGUAUUUCCGCUCUGGUUCUGUCAAUUGAUGCAUUCGCUAUGUCAUUGCUCAUUAUCCAUCGUAUUUCAAGCCCGAUUGCUAUAUACCCUUGCUUGCCAUCAAAGUUAUAAACGUCAGCUCAGCUCAGCUCAACAUCUCAAGCUAGAAUCCCCAUCUGUAGGUAAAUACUACAGGAGUGUUCAUUUUAUGUCAUUAGCUCUGUAUAUUAACUCUGUAAUAUUCAUUGGAACAUUGUUUAAUAAAAGUUUUGGCCCCUUA